AUGCAUGACAUGGAUGGUAAUCACGAGGAUAUUGAAUCGCGGGGAAAUGGUUGGGGUGGAGUUGGAGGGGUUGAUGGAGAGGCGGUGGUGAUGCAGAUUGAGGAAGGAGAUCUGGGUGAAAAACAUGCUACAGACGACGAGAAUUGCGAAGAUGGAAAUGCAGCUGAGCCCGAAACGAAGGACAGCGAAGGCCUCCGCAGUCAAGAUGAGGGUAUGCGAGAUUCGAAUCAAUCAGCACUUCAGGAAGAAGAAGUAAAGACCGCAACUCGAGACAACUCCCUCAAAGAACGAAAAGAUGUCCUCGAAAGUAUCCAUGAAGCCACAGGGGAGUCGGCAAGCUCAUCACCAAACUCAUCCGCAAUCUCAUCGACUCUUACAUUACCCAUUAUCACCCGCGAACACUCCCUCGAAGAAGAAAAGGCCCAACGCGUAACCCCAAUCACAAGAAAUCUACCACCUACGAACCCUUCCAACCCCCCAACAACUCUCAUUUACUCUCCCAAGAAGAAAAUCUACGUCCCAAUCUCUACAUAUCGACUCCGCAACUCCCUCCUCUACGGCGUCGCUUUCCUCGAACUAGCAAACGCAGGCGACUUCGCAGCCAACGUCUGGAACCAAAUCCCCGUCCCAGCCUUCGCCGCAGUCCUCAUGGGCAUCGGCGGCUUCUUCGCCCUCUUCAUCUCCUACUUCGCCUUCUACGACGCCUACCUCUCCCACCAAAACUACGUCUCCCUCCGCACCGAGCGCGAAUUCCUAUCCUCGCAACCCCCGACCCGCGACGCGAAAGCAUACCUCAACGUCAACUACCGCGAGAUGGGCACCGAACUCCUCGAUCGCACCGGCUUGGAUAUCUUCAUGGGCUUCGGCUGCGUCAUGGUCGGUAUCGGCACCCUCAUGGCCAUAGGCGGCGCCAACCCGCGGGUGUUCAGAGCGAGUAACCUGCUCUCUGGAUAUAUCGGCAAUGCGCCCGUCGCUGCAUUCGGCCUCAUCAACGCCGCCUGGUCAAUCUACAUCUUCCGUCGCGCGCAACAUCAAUUCACUGCCUCUCAGCGCCUUUUACACGAUGAAGCUGAAAUUCAAUCCCUCCUCCGCCAGCGCACCAGACGCGUACAACUCCACUCCACCGUCCUAGGCGCCAUCGGCAUCUUCGCUGGCGCAGCGAGUCUCGUCACCGCUGAACAUUGGGAGGGUUAUCCCGUGCUGAUCCCGUGUAUUAUCGGGAGUGUAUGGUGUAAUCAUAUUUUUCGUGCGGGUAUUGGGUAUGAUCGUUCGCUUUUACGCAGUCUUCCGCCUCUCUCCCUCGAAUCUAUCAUCGGGGAGUUGAAAUACCUAAGCUCUUUAUCUAAAGUUUUGGGUACGAAAGAUGGGGCGAAAGAUGUCUUCCCUGAUUCAGAGGAUCUGGAGAGUAUGCUACGUUUCUUGGUGGAGUAUGAUAUGUUUGAAGCUUUUUGCGUAAGGUUUCUGGGCGAGAAGGAGGUGGCGACUGCGGUGUUGGGGCCGCUUGACAAGGAGGUGGUGCUGGAGCCGAGCAUGUUACUGCGGAGGAGGGAGUGCUUUGGGGGGAUUGAGGCGUGUGUUGUUAGGACGGUUAAGGAGGUUGGGAGGGAGAAGGUGGUGGGGAGGAUGAGGUGGUUGUGCGAGGUGUUGGGGGCUUGGGCGUGGGUUGGCGAUGGAGAGCGGAAGGGGGAGGGGAGAAGUGAUGGUUGA